UGGAAGGCCUGGGUCCAGCAUCCGGAGGUGGGGGCGGCGGUUCCUGCGCGGAGAACCGAACUGACCCACGUGGGCCGGGCCGCCUCGCCCCGCCCCGCCGCGCAGACGCUGCCAGACUCCGCAGUACCCGCCCGAGGCUGGGCGCGCAGCGCGGCGACCCCCACAUUCACCCGGGCGGCGUGGACGCCCGGGCCAAAGGACCCCCGGUCUGCCGUGACCCGUUCCCAGCGAGCUGGGUUGAGUGGAACCAGCGCCAGCCCCGCGGGAGAGGGCGCCUCUAGGCCGCUGACUUCGGAUUUGCGAUCCUCCUGCCUCAGCCUUCCUAGUCGCUGGGAUUACAGGCGCACACCACCACACCUGGCUCCCUCACCCUUAAUGAUCAUCGAUUCUUCUAAUUCUAGCAAUGUGUGACCAGAUGUUCGCCAUCCAGCCAGGGCUAGCCGAAGGGGGCCAGUUCUUGGGGGGCCUGUCUCCUGGAGUAUGUCGACCCAAGCUGCAGCCAGACAGCAACUCCAACUUCUUGGAGACUGCCAGGGAUGCCAAUGAGAAUUGGCAUGGGAUGCCAAGCAAACUGGAACCCAUCCUGACAAGGAGCGCCUCUGAGUUGCCCUCUGACAACCAGGCCUUCCAGGCAUCUGGACUCCCUGAAGGGGGCAUCCGUAGCCCCCCAGAAGGUGCAGAGAUUCCUGGUGCUGAGGCUGAGAAGACAGGUGGUGCCAGCACUAUCUGCUCUCCUCUGGAGGACAAUGGCUAUGCCAGCAGUUCCCUGAGCAUUGACAGUCCUAGUAGCAGUCCUGAGCCUGCCUGUGGGACCCCUCGAGGCCCUGGCCCUCCAGAUUCCCUUCUGCCCUCGGUAGCCCAGGCUGUGCAGCAGCUGCAGGCUCAGGAGCGCUACAAAGAGCAGGAGAAGGAGAAACAUCAUGUGCACUUGGUGAUGUACCGUCGCCUGGCACUGCUCCAGUGGAUCCGGGGCCUGCAGCACCAGUUGGUUGACCAGCAGGCACGUCUGCAGGAGAGCUUCGACACCAUCCUAGACAACCGAAAGGAGCUUAUCCGCUGUCUCCAGCAGAGGGCACCACCAUCCAGAUCCCAGGACCAGGGCUAAGGGUGUGCCUCCAUAAGUGUGCAAGCAUAUAAGUGUAUGUUUGUAGGCAUGAAUGUGGUUGUGCACAAAUAAGUACAUGAUUAUUUGUUGGCAUGAAUUCAGGUAAGCAUGAGUGUAUAUGUGCUAACACACAGGCAUUUGUGUGUAGGCACAUGUGAAUGAGCUUCAAUGCACUGUGUGUGCACUUGUGUAAUACAAGCUAACUUUAUGAGUAAGAGUGAUUGUGUAUGUAUAGCAUGUAUGUAACAGUCAGUAAAUUUAUAUAUGCAUGUAUGGACAGAUACCCAGGAAUAUAUAUAUGCAUGAGGAAAGAUGUACAUGCAAAUGAUGUGUGUGCACAUACAUGGGUUUGCAUGUAGGCUUAUGGUGGGUGUAUGUGAGGGAAUCCUUGUUUGUUCAGGUCUAUGUGUAGGGAUGCAUGUGUGAAGGUGCAGGUAUGGGAAGUAUCUGUUGGGAACAUGCGUAUUUGCAGACAGACUCAUGAGCACGUGUGUUCAAAUACAUAUUUAGUUGCACCUGUGGGGCAUCUAUCUACCCACAUCCUGCUACCCACGGUCUACCCUGGCUUUUUUUCCUCCACUGAGUUCCACUGUUCCGUGGAGAGAAUGGGCUAUCUUACUGUCAUUUACCUGAAGGUUGUGACUGAUCCAUUCUCCUGGGGCUUCCCAGGCCAUGUUUCUUUUUCCUGUUCCUUCACUUAACCCUUGCUCUGCUAAGGCUGUUGUCCCUGAUUUUGGCUUUGAUUCUGGCCCACUGUGGCACUUUGACUGAAGUUUUGUUUGGGCAGUUGAUGAAGAAUGGAUAUCAGAGGGCCGUGGGGAAUCACGGCAGGGGUGAGAGUGGGGACAGAGAAUGAGAUAAGGUACUGUCCCUCUUGAACUCUGACUUUGACCACAGAGGAAAUGGGGGUGGGGGAAUGACAGUGGCAGAACUCUGUGAAGAAUAGGAGAAUCAGAAUUCUAAAAUACCCAUUCCCAAACAAACCAUAUUUCUCCCCUGGGAAAGGAGCUAUUGAAAACCACAUUAUUUUAAGUGUCUGAUGAAAAGGAGCGUGUACUUAUAAACUUACAAGUAACAGGCAAGGUGUUCCAGGGCCAUUAGAGAAAAUCUCACUUCCCUCUCUGGGCCUGUACUUCACUGUGCCUCUCUGGGUUUAGCAACAUUGGAUGUCUAAUUGUUUUGGUCCAUUUCUCUGAAAUCUGUCUGUUGGGAGGAACCAGAGCUUUCCAGGUGGACAGGGGACAAUGUCAACCUCCAGAAGCUCUUAGAAUGUCAGAUCAUACCCCUUUCUGUCACUGCAUAACCCUUUAAACAGAGAUUGACAGGUUCCAUGGAGCGUCAGAGGCUCCAUGAGUUGGAGAGCUGCUGAGUCUUCAGAACAAACAACUAAGGUAGCAGAGCUCUCUGCUUUGCUUCCGGGAGCCAAGAGAGAGCAACAUCUUGGUGAGCAGUGGCACAAAGGGAACAUCUAGCAGGCAAACAAUACCAUGGAAGUCGCUGCUGCUGUCUCUGUCCUCAGUCUCCCCAUCUGCAAAACAUGGAGACUUUUUCAGUCUGUCUCUAAAGAGUUCCAUCUCUUAUGGGUGGGUGAAAGAUAAAGGGAGUAGGCAUGAGGUAUGGGCCCUGGGGACUUUCCUCUCUGUAGAGCUUGCAUGUCGAAUGUGCACUUGGCCUCUGGACCAAUACAGGAACAAUAAACUGAA